AUGGUACUUGAUGUUGAAACAAUUUCAGAUAUAAGUGAUAUUGAAGAAAUAUUCAAGGCAUUACGUGGAUUUAAUGAUGAUGGAGAAGAUUGUCCUGAAGUAGUCAAGUCGAUGGAAAUUAUCAAAUUUAAUGCAUUAAUACCUGCAUUAUCUAUUAUUAAUGUAUUUUUUCUUGAUAAUUUACUUUUUAUUGAAUAUGGCAACGCAAUAACUGAUGUUAAUGAAAUGAAGGACUUUAAAGAUGAUGUUUUCAUGGGACUUAAUUUGCUUCGUAACACAUAG